UUCAUUUUGUACCCUGCCUGACAACAUAGACCACACCAGACCCACAACAAUCCACUGGGUGCACCAGAAAGGGAGAGAGAACUGAACCACUGAGUGGCAAGCUGCAGUACUUGAGAGAUUUGAUCUUCACCUCUAGCCUAAUAUGUCUAAGAAAAGCAGCAUCACACCAACAGGGCCAGCCAAAGUGGAUGUGGAGUCAGAGGUUGUGGCUGUGAGGAGUGACAAGGUAGUGCUGGAUGAUACCAUUGGUCCUGCAGAGAUUGUCAUCUGUAAUGGCAAAAUAGUUGAUGUUCUACCAAAGAGAAGCUGGGUCCAACCGAGUGGAGAGAAGGUGCUGGAUGUUGGAGAUCUCAUGGUCAUGCCAGGGAUUAUAGACCCUCAUGUGCAAUGUGAGCCUGGACACUCAGCUUGUGAAGGAUUUACAUCAGUGACGAAGGCUGCAGCUGCAGGAGGAAUCACCACCAUUGUUGAUAUGCCAUUAUAUAUCUGUCCUCCAACCACAACUUUGAUUGGCUUGGAUAGCAAGCUGCUGCCUGCCAAGGGGCAGUGCCACAUUGAUGUUGCCUUUUGGGGUGGCAUCAUUCCUGGAAAUCAGGUAGAGCUCCUGCCAAUGCUGAAAGCUGGUGUCCCUGGAUUCCAGUGCUUCCUGAUGGCCACUGGUGUGGAGGAUUUUUCCCACGUUUGUCUGCAGGACUUGCAUGUGGCAAUGAAUGAACUGCAAGACACAGCAUGUGUGCUCCUGUUCCAUGCUGAACAGGAGCCAAACAGGUGGAUGCCUGUACUAGAUGACACCACAGAGUACAGCACAUUCUUGGAGUCACACCCUUAUACUAUGGAAGUGGAAGCCACCCUCACCAUUGCUGAACUCUGUCUCCAGUACAAGGUGCCAUGCCACAUCAUUCACCUGUCCUCUGCUCAAGCCUUGCCCAUUAUCAGGAACGCUCAUCAAAAAGGAGCACCAAUCACUGUAGAAACCACCCACCACUACCUCAGCCUGCCAUCUGAAUGCAUUCCUCGAGGAGGCAUAUACUACAAAUGCUGCCCUCCUAUCAGAGAGAAGAGUAAUCAGAGGCAGUUAUGGACAGCUUUGAAGAAAGAGCAAAUAGACAUGGUUGUCUCAGCCCAUACUUCAUGUUCCCCAGAGUUGAAAGAUUUGAGCAAUAGAGAUUUCUUCAAGGCCCAAGGAGGGAUUGCCUCACUACAAUUUGGUAAGCUGUUUAUGAGCACUAUCAUUUAUUGGCAUAUGCUGCUAUUUUGGUUUUCUUCAUUCUAUGAAGAAAUGCUGCUAAAAUAUGAAGGUCCUUCUUCACUGUUCCAGCUUCGUGGUGAGGUCUUUGCAACUCUUGUCCGUGGCAGGCUGGCUUACCUGAAUGGGAAAUUUGCACCCAAACCACAAGGGGAUCUGCUUGUAACUCAAAGAAAAAUGCCAACAAGAGUCGCUUCUCCUUAUUACUAGUGAGUGAAAAAGUGAGAGCAACAAAUGUAUUGGCCAAACCAAAGUACUCAGGACAGAAGAAAAAUGCAGGCUCCAGGAGGAAGUGGCAUGGCAAAGAAUGACAAGGAACAUUAAAAAAAAAAUCCUAUAACCCAUACUGAGGUCAGCUCACAAUGAGGACAGUUGUAGAGGACUUAGAUAUUGCCACAGCUGAUAAAUAAAUAAAUGAAUCUACAGCUUCAGCUGAUGCAUCAGGGAUAUAUGAAAAUGGAACAGAAAAGAGACAUUAUU